GACCACCUUAUGUGAAUUCGCCUUGCGUCAUUCAAUUGGGAUAAAUAUUCUUAUAGGAUUUUUUAAACUCUCCGUUAACAACUGAUAACAAGAAGGAAAAUAGGCUUGCAAUUCGAUAUUCUGCAAAUGGAAAAUUCUUAAUUAUUUUCUAAAUUUUAAAGUUUUCGUGCUAAAAUGGACAAUGAUCAUUGUAUCACUGUGACGCAUUUCAUAAAUCCUCACUUGUUUUGGUAUAAAGCGAUUGGUUCUCCUGAUGAACAAUUCCACGUGCUAAGCACUUUUGAACAGAGUUUAGUAGAACUUUAUAAGAAUAAGCCAUCAUGUGAUAAUUUCUUGCGUCCCCAAAUUGGGGAUAAAGUGGCGGUCAACUUUAUCGCCUGGAAUAAAUACAUACGGGCAGAGAUAUUACAGAAAGCCGAGUUUCAGCAAGAGGAGUAUAUAGUUUGGGCUUUGGAUUAUGGAUUUCCGUUGCUUACGAAAAAAGAACAUUUACGAAUGUUGCCGAGUAAUUUGCAAGUUGACAUAGGUCACAUACAUGUUGGCGGCAUUGCAAAUAUUUAUCCGGCCGAGCAGGAAUACGAUGACAUGGAAGGCAAUUUAGUAAUGAUUAAAAAAGACAAGUGGUUACAAAAAACCUGCAACAUGCUGGAAAAGCUCUUGACCGAUGCCAACUCAAUAAGUUUCGUCAAACACUUUCAAACGAACGAUAACCAUGUCUGGGGUGAAUUGAGAAUUUUGAACCACAAGGGUGUGGAAAUCAAUGCACGCGACUAUUUACUAAAAACAACAAAUGCUAUUGAAGAGAAUGAUUUGAUUUUCAAAGAAACAUGUUCUAAAUUUAAGACUAUUAAAAUUGCACCUUGGCUCUCGAAUGAUCGUAAUACUAAAAUGAAAUUCAAUAAUAUAAAACACAAUUAUAUUGAACAUUCCAAACAAAUGAAUGCCACUCUGGUCGAUGAGAAUGCCAAACGUAAAGUAGAGGACUGGCAAGAACGAAAUGAGCGCAAGAAAAUUGAAGCAGUUUCCGAAUUAUUCGAGUCUAGCUGUGAAAUAUCUGAGGAUAUUAUAGACGAUAUUGCAUUUGAUGAUUCCGUCUCAGUGGCAAAUAAUCAGGAAAUUAAUUAUAUCGGUAAAGCAGGAAUGUUAACAAAAAUCAAACAACAAAAGUAUUCAACGGAAAAAGAUAUGCCACCAACAGCUCUUCCGAGAUCAUUUGAAAUCGAAAAUGUGAUGUUUGACGUAAAUUGGCCAAACGAAAACCCACAACCUUCAUAUUCAGGUUCCCGUUCUGGUUCAACAAAUGUUUCCUCACGUCUACAAAAACUUGCACAAUUUACAGAGGCGGCGAGAGAAGAAAAACACAAUUCGAAACCUUUAAUAGAUUUGGACUCAACAGCAUCCUCAGUGGUUUCCAGUGUUAAAUUGCGCCAACAAAAGUUAAUAGAAUUGCGUAGAAAAGCUGCUCGUGCCGAAAAGGAUAAAACAAAUGAAACGUCUUCGGAUCGUAGACAAAAGAAUCACAAUGAAACAACCAUUUCAUCAAUAAGUCAACCUAAAACAUCCGAUAGUUAUUCAUAUCAAUUACUUGAACAAUCAUUAACUCUAUCAACAAGUAACAAUACUACAACCGAUAAUUUACAGGAUAAUAAAAGUGAAAUAUCAGUAAAAAACAUAAGAGCUAAACAGUUAAUAGCAAUGCGUAAGAAGUUUGGAUCUUCAACGUUUGCAUCUUCUAAUGAGGGCAGUCAAAUAAACACUCCAACUGUAUCACAAUUAUCUACAAAUAGUACGCAAUCUAAGAUGAAACAAGAAGAAGGUAUUGAUAUUUCACUAUUUAAAAAUUUAGACUUUCAACUAAAACCAAAAACCAUUUCAAAAUCAGAUGAACAAAUUGUGAAGCUUAAUGAAACAUAUUCAUUUGAUACAACUUCAACAAAAACAGAAAAAGAUAAAUUAAAGCUUUCUCAAUCGGGUUAUGACAGUCUUACUAUGGUACCAGCUGGUUACGAUAUAACACGUUUACAAAACUAUAGGGAUGAAGAAAAUCAUUGGCAUCGUAAAAAAUCUACGAGAUACGAUUGUGUACCACACGAAAAAUCUUCAUCGACAGAUGAAUUACUUUCCAAUAAUACAAACGAUCAAAGCUUUUCUUCUUCGGAUUUUUUUCAAAUGAAACCACCUAAACGAUUAGCCCAAAAUAACCCAUUAAUUAAAAAAACAUCUACUGAUAACAACACUGAGCUGGACUCGCAUAACAUGAGAUGUUUCCAACAACAGCAACGGGAUAAUUUAUCCAAUGAAGAAUCUUUAAUUAAGGGGUUAAAAUCAGACAUUUAUUUGUCGAGUGACGUUUCAACCUCUACUAACUCUACUGUUCCUAGUCAAAAACUGCGCAAAAGAAGACAACUAAAAUCUCCCACAUCUCAACUGUCAAAAAUCGAUAAAAUUUUGCAAGAACAUAACAUUGAAAAGGAAAUGGGAAAUAAAAAUAUACUUGAUUUGAAACUUCUCAAUUCAAGCUCCAACUCUCAAAAGUCCUUACUAACUAGUAAUUCAUCAAAUGUUUCUGAUAAUGACAGCAAUAUACCGAAUAUUGUCAAAAGCAAAGGUGACACUAAUAAUGCUAGUUCACGAUCAUCUUCGUCUCUAGAUAAAAUACGUAAGGAAAAAGUGUAUAAAGAAGUCUUCAAUUAUGAAGCAUUAAUGGAUGUCAAACAUAGCGCCAACUUGCCCAUUAUAGAAGGUGAACGUAAAAUACAAACUAAAUUUAUUGAUCAUUUGGUUUUGGCCCAUUCUAGCAUACAACUCACACCGAUAGAAAAUAUAACGGAGGCACCAUUUCUGCCAGAAAUUCACGAAGAAAUGCGACAAAUGCGCGUUAAUAAAGUCUAUCGUAUACAGGUAUAUGCCUGGUCCCAUGUAUUGCGCAGUAACUCAUUGUUCAUAGUGAAUCCAUCAAGAUCAGGUAAAACAUGGUCUUAUUUGCCACCUCUAUGUAGUUUGCUUUGUUGCCGGGCAGAUCUAGUUAAACCUUCAUAUGGACCAGUGGCCAUAAUUUUGGUUGCAUCUCUGAAACAUGUUGAAACGGUUAACAAUUACUGUCGUCGCCUAAUGAGUGGUUUAAGAAAUGAAGCUCCUACUUGUAUACCUUCAUAUGGUAUGCGUAAUUUAAUUGAAACAAAAAUUCAACUACUCAAUGGCUGCGGUAUAUUAGUUGCCACACCCUCUAGUAUUUUGCGCUUGUUGCAUGAAAACGAACAAGAACCACUAUUCGAUGCUGAACGUUUACAACACAUUGUGAUCGAUGACAUGGAUAUAAUGCUGUCUAGAUCUCAAGAAGAUUUCCAGAAUGCUAUUCGUAUUAUAUUUAAAAUGGUAAAAAAAUCGAAAUUUGAAAAAUUGACUCCACAGCUAAUAGUUACCUCACGCGAUUGGGAUCGUCCCAUGGUUAAAUUAAUACGAAAAUCAAAUCAACCUUUACUUUUAAUCGGCGACUUUCUAGAAGCUGCAGUCUAUGGUCAUGCUACACUUUCGGUAAAAUUAAAAUCUAGUGUGGAAAAAAAUGAUACAAUAUUAAAAUAUUUAAGAAAAAUAUCAGAAUCGACACAAGGUUGUGACAAUCGUACAUUGAUAAUAUGCAAUGAAGAUGAAGAAGUUCAAAGUGUUAUAAAGUUUUUGCAAGAUUGUGGCCAACACUGUAUUGCAUUUUAUAGUCGUUCGACAGAAAACGAACGUAUUACCAUUGAUGAAUGGAAAAAGAAGAUUUCAUCUCAAAUUCUAGUAUGUACCGAUGCUCGUUUUUAUGAACUGAAAAUACAGAAUGUUAAUAAUCUCAUACACUAUUCCAUGCCCACGUCUUGGACUCAAUUUACAACAAGAUUUUCAGCUUUAGCGCGUACCUACAACAAUUACGUUAGCCAGAAUUUUGAACAAAUAUCAGUGGCCAAGGCGAAUAAAAACUGUCCACAUUCCAUAAUACUAUUAGAUGAAAAUAAUAGCUUACAAUUACCGCGGCUCGUAGAUUUUAUGCGUAAACACAAUCAAAUUGUGCACGAAGAAAUUUUAGCCGUUUCAAAGCGAGUCUUGAUAAUGCGUGAAGAGCAAAGAAUAUUUAAGGGUUCACUAUUAUGUCCACAACUUUUAGAGUUUGGUGAAUGUGAUGAGGCUCGCUGUGAUAGUCGUCAUGAGUUAACACGUUUUGAUGUAGUCAUCAAAAGCGAUGGUAUACCCUGCGAAGGUGAAAUUCGUAUACACGUUUUAAAAGUUUUUUCACCAACCUACUAUGCAGUACGUCUGUUACACCAUAAACUUCCCAAUACUACGAAGUGGUUAGAGGUACGUCGUUCCAGUGAGGCUUUAACCUUCAGUAUACAACUUAAUAUGCAUUAUCGUAAUGACAAUAAUCUCUUUUUACACUGGCCUCCACACCUUAAUGAUUUGUGCAUAUAUCAGUAUGCGGAAAACUUUCGCAGGGCUCGUAUAUUAGAAGCUCCUAUUUUCCAGCAAAAGAGUACAAAUGUUGUUCAAUCUAAUUUAAAAGUAACUCUACGCCUGAUUGAUGAUGGCAAUAUUAUAAGUUCUGUUAAAUGUAAUGAAAUCUUUGUGUGUGAUGACAAAUUCAAAGAUUUUCCCCCUCAAGCUGUCGAUGUUCGUUUAAUGAAUAUUGUACCAUUUGAUAAUGAACGAACAUGGGACUCGAAAACUACAAAACAAGUACAAAAAUGGAUAAUGGAGGAUAUUAAAUCGAAUUAUGUUGUUCAGGCCAGCAUCGAUUUUGCUCUAGCCAAUACUAUUUGGGUAAAGAAUGUGGUGGUUAUGGAAAAGUUGACUGGUAUUGAUGCCUAUUGUCAGGUGGUUCAUUUGAAAAAGUCAUUAGUUGGUAAAAAUUUUGGUAUUCUAUACAAUGGUGAACGUAAGCAUGUACGCGAUCUGGCUGAGGAGUUUGGCUUACUCAAUGCCCCUGAAAUAGCUGAAGUCAUCGAUAAUUGUGAUUCUGAUCUCGAUUUUCAAUCGUGUAAAAAUGAAAGCAUUAAUUUAAUUAAAUUUUCCUCCUCAAAUGAUGAAGCCACUAAUAGUAGUAUGGAAUCGGCUGAAACUGGUUUAGAACCCAAAACCGAGAGACAGAGUGUUGGUAAUACUAAAAAAAGUGCGAAACAUGAAGAUUGGGAUGAUCAGUUGGAGAAUGGCAUUGAUCAACGAGAUGAGGUUUAUGUACCACUUAACGCCAAUAAUUCACAUAAAACUACAAAACAAAACGAAGACAAGCAAUCUCAAGUUAACCAUCUACCACUUACAAAGGAAACUUGGUGCCAGUUACCUUUCAAUGAAAUCGUAAAAGUUGAAAUUGGCGAUGAAGGGGAAAAUGGCAAUUGGGAAAAUAUUUUUUUACAAAUUAUUGAUAAAAAUUCCAUGUUUCUAUUUGAUGAGCUUAGCAAAGUAAUUAACGAACAUGUAGACAAUAUUAAAUCGGCAAAUAAUACAGAAAAUAUAGUAUACGAUUUCGAUCCAUUACACAAUUGUAUAGUAAAAUACAAUAAUCUUUAUGUAAGAGCUAAAGUCUACGGAGUGUUUGGUGAAAGAAAAGAGCAACGCUUAUAUAGAUUUUUCCUAUGUGAUUAUGCCUGCUUUACAAAUGCCAAAACAGACGAAUUGUAUAAUGAUUUUCUGUAUGAAACAACUGAGGAAAUUGUUACCUUUACUCCCUAUCAAGCUGUACAUUGUACUUUAGUUGGAAUUAAAUGGGAUCGUUUUAAUAAAAGAUAUCAAGUAACGAAAGACUAUUUGUAUGCUUGUGCUGUUUUGGAAAAUGAAGCAAAUGAAAAGGAGGCCUCCAAUUUACAUAACUUGCCUAUAAAUUCUUAUAAAAUUUUGUUGUAUGAGUGCGAGCAAGAAAAUGAUUUUAAAUCAGCUUUAUUGUUUAAUAAAACUUUAGUGGAUAAUGGUAUUACCGUAUACGAUGAAGAAACAAAAAAUUUCCUGGAAUAUGAAAUCGGCAUGGAAGAUAAGUCUGACAAAAUAGAAGAAAUAAUAGAUGUUGGCAAAACAUAUAAGAAGGAUGAAGUCUUAACGUUUGAACAACUAAUGGAUUUUAUUAAAAAAGAUGUCUUUGAUAUUGAUCUUGAUGACGUGAUGGAAGAUAUACAGAAAACAACCACAAAUAUUAAAUCUAUUGAGUUUAAUAAACAAAGCGACAAACAAUUGAAUACGAAAAGUGAUCAAAAUGAAAAUAUUUGUAAUAAUUGUGAGGAAAUAACAAUUACCAAAGAUUUAAACCAAAAACCAAAAUUACUCUCAUCGGAUAGUGAAAUCGAUGAACAGGGCCAUUGUACUAGCUUUUCAAAUAGCAGUAUAAAAUCUUCUAUUUCUUUAAGUUCAACUGAUAUUUCCAAUUGUUCCAAAGAACAAGUAACAACGUAUAACAAACCACCCCCCUUAACUGCUUUACAUAAACGUCCCCUAACUACGUGGUAUGAAAACGAUUGCAUGAUCUUUAUAUCAAUUUAUGCUCCUGAUAUUAUAGACUAUUUAUUAGAAGUUUCCGCAAAAAAUAUCCUAUUUGUGGCAGAGAUACAAACAGAAAAAUCUGUUUUAAAUUUAAAUCUUCUAGGUUCAAUCGAGCCGCAAAGUGUUUCUCAUGAAAUAAAAGGCCUUAAUGUUGUUAUACGAUUGAAGAAAAUUGUCUACGAAAAAUGGCCGAGAUUAUUAAAAGAGACUACAAAAUAUUCUUGGUUAAAAUACAACUUUAAUGCUUUCGAUUCGAUUGAAAUGGAAUACAUAAUGCCUCAACAGCGACUACACACCAUUUUAGACAAUGAAUUAAACUUUGAGGCACAACAAAUUGAUAAUUAUAAUUCCGAUGAGGACAGUGAACGUGAACUUUACCAAACAUACAAUCCUAUUGCAGGCAAUGAUGAUGACUGCGAUCCAUUUUCUGCACUUUAAUUUUUAAGACUAGCAAUAUAAGUUUUAUAAGUAUUAUAAUACCUAAUAUUAACUAAUGAUAUGAAUUAUUUGUUAUGUGUUAAUUUUUUAUGAAUUUUAUUUUUUAAAGA